AGUAAAGCCUUCAGCCUGGAAAGAGAGAUUGAAUUAUCGGACCUUUGGGUCACGACUGUUUCCUACCCACCCCUCCCGUCCUUCUGGAAGGAGGAGUGGAGAAUGUAACAGUUAUUGGAAUAUCCCAUGCGCCUCUCUGCAGGGGAGAAGUCACCAAUAGCCUGCAAACUGGGUGUCUGUUGCUAACAAUAUGCCUACCUUGGACCCAGAACAGCUGUUAAUCAGGGAAAUGAGAGAGGAUGAAGCCCCCAUUGUUUUGGAACUUCUGAAGGAUGGAUUCAAAGAUACGGAAAACCGCUUGAUACUUUAUGUGCUGACACGGCCACUAGCCUUAUUACUGAUGGCAGUUGUAAGCAGUGGACUACGCUUCUUCCUGAACUCCUUUGUGGUUGCCCUUGUGCUGCCAGUACUCCUCACUGUAGUGGCUUUGAAACUUCUACUGUGGCGCUCACCAGACCUUAAACACUUGCAUGCCUAUUACAGUGCAAACCAUCGUGGGCUGUGGGUGGCUGUUUAUGAUGAUGAUGAUGUGUGUGGCUGUGUGGCUUUGGAGCCUCUUGAUAGAGAGUCACACACUGCUGAGCUUAAGCGCUUGGCUGUCAGCCGAUGGUACAGGCGCUCGGGUGUGGGUCGGAGCCUCCUUCAUUUUCUAGAGGCACAGGCUCGUGCACAGGGCUUCAAAUUCCUGGUGGCCCAGGUCUCCGUGGUGGCUAAGGCUGCUAUUGGUCUCUUUGAGAACACUGACUACAGUGUGAGUGGUGGGCGCCCAUGGUUGGGUUACACUGUUCAACAAGAGUUCAUCAAAGAACUUUAGAACUGUAUCUACUGGUUUGGUACCAGGCUGUUAGGCAAGAUAGCAUGUUUUGGAAUGUUGUUGUUCUUGAACAAAGAAACACACAGAGAUUCAGAAACAGACUGCAGUUAAAACAAGGCAUUCCAGGUCUUAAGCAGUAGUUACUAUUAACAUGGUUUCUGCUUAGAAAACAAAGUGUGGCUGCAAAGCAGAUCAGGAUAGUUUGUGCCUUCUUUCCCAGUCUGGUAUAGUAAUCAAACUCUUGUCAUUUGGGAUUUCUGUUCCACAUUAUUCACUGAUGUUGGAAACAGGAACUAAAGCUCAUUUCCUGUAUCCUAUUUUGGAGUCGGAGUAACUUUACAUUUUAUACAAAGGGAACAGCAAAUUCUAACAAUUGAGAAAAUUUGUGCAUGUGUGUGUUUGUGUACAUACAUAAAUUCAUACAUACAUGCAUAUAUACACCCAGAGGAUUGUGUGUGUGUAUACACACAAACAUGCACAUAUUUUCUCAAUGUGUAUUUAUACACAAAAAACCCAGAGAAUAUACCAAAAGUCAGGCCCCAUAGACAAUUUAUUACAUAAAUUACAUAAAUUGUUCAGCUUGGUUUCCUUUUUUUCUAAACCAUUUCUUUCUUGUUUGAUGCAUGACUUUUGAACACUCCAAAAUAUAGUAACAUUUUCUCUGGAGAGGAAAAACCCUGAAAGAUUGGCUUAAAGGGCCUGAUGUUUGCAUCACCCUUUGUAUAUAUGUACUUCUCCGUGAAUGCACUUCAUCUAACAGAAGGCCAUCUGAAAAUUAUUAUUGUUCAAAUAUCCUUUCAGAAUUCACAGAUGAGGAAUUUACAUGCCAGAUUCAUAUUUCACCUGCAAGCCAGCCUGAAUGCGUAGGGCACGUCUAUCUUUUAUCAGGUUAUUGUGUAUUUUCUUUUCAAAUUAAUGAUCAGGGUGGUGAAUUCCCAGCAGCUGAUCAGUUUCUUAAAUGAGUUAAAGAAAUACGGUAAGCAUUUUCUCGCACCUUGAUGCCAUACAGACUGGACAGAUCUAGUCAUUUGCGUUCAUUAAUGUAUUUUACAUUCAUUUCCUCACUUCUGUUAGCUGGCAGUGAGUAUAUGGGCAAGUUUUCUAAAUCUGUAUUUGCAUGCCUGAGUUGGAGUAUAUUCUCUGACCCUAGUUCCUAGGGUCAGAAAUUUAGUUGUGCAUUCUCUAGCUUAUUAAAGUUUCGCUUUUAUAAAUUUAGUAAAAUUGAUUUAAAAAAGAAGAAAACACCUUUUUAAGAUGAGAUUUCAGAAGUUCUUUUAUACAUUCUGAUAAAAUAUUUUUCAGCUAUAUAGGGGAAUUUGAACAUGAUCCUUGUAGUUCCAAUAAGUUUAAAUCGUGCACAUAAAAACUGUUCAAUUACUGUAGGAUGAGGAUGUGGAUAGCAUCAUUGGAAUCAUAAAUCCAAGAGCAUUAGAGGUGUUUAAAUCAUAUAUGUUCAUAAAAUUAAUUUUCACAGAAUUUGGAGAUAAUAAAAACUGGUUAGAGGUCAUUUUUUAAAAUGAUACAUGUUAAAUCUACAGUAUGUAUUUAAUUCAUGUUGCAUAUCCCUACUUCACCUAGCGUCUUUUGAAGAUAAACUGGUGAAUGGAAUUUUAUGAAUAAAAAUGUAACUGACAAGGAACACAGUAUCAGACACAAAAAAGAUUAAAAUAACAUACAUUUCAAUAGUCUUUACAAGCUUUUUUUCUUAAGAUGAACUAAUAAAUGUUCUGGCAUUCAUGUUUAUAUAACAGUUCAGUGUCCAAAUGAGCAAACAACCCAGACUUGGCUUGAUUCUACAGUGUCAUUUUUCUAACAACCAAGCUGAGUUGACUAGCAACCUAUUUAGGGGCUCUAUUAGCCCAGGCAGGAAGUUGAUUUUAGAAAUUCUUGCCUAUAUUCUGGCUCACAAAUGCAUCUUCCUCCAGAUGUUUUAGCCAAAAGAAUUCAAAUAAUGAAUGAAUCAUUGUCUGCACCCAACUUCCAUCAUGCUGAACUAGAUUUCCAAACUCAUUAGAUGUACAUUGCAAAAGAAUUCAGUGAAAUGGAAAUUUUGUAUGAUAAACAAAAAUGCUUUGAAUAUACAUUUUCUUUUUUUCUCUUGCUAGAUUUUUUUCUGCAGAUGCAGAGACUGUUUUUCUCAUCAAUAUUGAUCUGUUGGUUUCAACAAGAAUUGAUCAACUGACUUGCUGCCUUUGCUUGACAUCAGGGGCUAAGGAAAACUGACCGGGUUCAAAAUCACUAGGUCAGCUUUCAUGCCUAAACCAGAACUAGAAUUCACAGUCUCCUGAUUUCUGAUUGGAGCUUUAACCAUCAACUCAUCUGGAGCUUUAACCUCAGUUCAAAUUGAUUCCCUGGUGUGUGUCCGUGUGUGUGUGUGUGUGUGUACAUACACACUCAGUGAUAUAUUGUGACGGGGUGGAGGUGAUGUCUUUUAAUUUGAAGUACCUAGUGAUUAGGAACACAGUGUACUGACAUAUGUUACAUCUAUGUGACAGCCAAGUUAUUGGAAGCUGAGUUCUAGUUGGGACCAACAUGUUCUGCUGCUGUGACUUCAGGGGUGGCAAUUUAUUUUUUGUAAUUCACUGUGUUAGGAAACACUGCAGAGAUCAAGAGAAAAGGUCAGGAAUAAAAAUACUAGACAUGGGUCCUUCAACUCAAUAUUUCUAUAUAGGUAGCUUUGUGAUUUUCCCUUUAUGCUAUGACCAGAUGUUUUGUUUUCAUUGGAAUCUACUUUGUGCAGAUGGAAAUUUUGCCUUUUAAAAAUACUGAUAAACUCUUAACUCUCACAAGUCCCCAACUCUCAUCCCAUAAAUGCAUAUGGAAGUUAGUAACAAUUGUGGAAUCUUCUAUUUUUAUUAUUUAUCAUUUCCAGUUUGCUUUAAUCUGAUGCACUAUCUUUGCAAUGCGGCCCUCACUAUAGUGUUGAAAAGGCUUGUCUGUAUUUUUGAUAGAUAUGAAUAAAAGUCAGGUUUAAUGUUGCA